AUGGCUCUCGAGGGUGUGAUCUUCCAACACGACCAUUUGUACAGCUACAAUGAUAAAGAAGCUUACUCCAACAUUUACAUAGAAGAUGAACCAUCUUUCUAUGAUCUCCAAGCUUCUCUCAGCUUGUUCGACUAUCAAACCGAAAACUUCCACUCGAAUUUUCUCCAAGAAGACUACUAUAGGAAUACUACUACUACAUUUCUUCAUCAACCACCUCAAGAAAUUGUAACUAAUGAAGAAAAUACUACCUCGAACCAAAACUCUUAUGGUAGCCCGAACUGCGAUAUGAGUUACGACCCGGCAAAGGGGAAGAAUCAGGCAACGCGACGCAGAUCAAGGGCGAAAAAAGACGAAGAAGAAAUCAAUAAUCAACGUAUGACUCACAUUGCAGUGGAGCGUAACCGGAGAAAACUGAUGAAUGAGCAUCUCUCUGUUCUCCGCUCUCUCAUGCCUGGGUCAUACGUUCAAAGGUGUGACCAAGCAUCAAUAGUAGGAGGUGCCAUAAACUUCAUCAGAGAACUCGAACACCGUCUUCACCUCCUAAACUCCAAUGUCCAAGUAAACGAAGGCGACAGUAUCGCAUCCGCCACACCUUUCUCCGACACCUUCAAGCUUCCCCAAGUUUCAAUUGCUUCCUCUGUUGUCAGCGAGAACGGGGUUCUCGGGGUUAACGCAUUGGCUGAUAUUGAAGUAAACCUCGUCGAGAGCCACGCAAGUAUCAAGAUAAGAUCAAGAAGGAGGCCAAAGCUUCUUCUGAACAUGGUCUUUGGUUUACAGAACUUAGGGUUUAUCAUACUUCACCUUAAUGUCUCCACUGUUUCUGACUGUAUCCUCUACUGUUUCUCCACUAAGAUGGAAGAUUCUUGUAAGCUUACAUCUGUCCCUGAUAUUGCUACCGCAGUGCACGAAAUGCUCCGGAUUCACCAUGAUGUUGUUCAACAGUAA